AUGUCAACCCCCGUGAAGAGAAGACUCAUCAAGGACUUUAAGAAGAUGUCCACGGAUCCACCUCAAGGGAUUAGUGCUACCCCUAAGGAUUCGGAUAUUAUGGAGUGGAAUGCUGUUAUAUUUGGUCCCGAAGACACUCCAUGGGAAGGAGGUACUUUUAAACUCAGCCUCUCGUUUAAUGAAGAUUAUCCAAACAAACCACCAAAAGUGAAGUUCCUCACAAAAAUGUUUCAUCCAAAUAUUUAUAAUGAUGGUCAAAUUUGUUUGGACAUUCUUCAAAAUCAAUGGAGUCCUAUUUAUGACGUUGCUGCGAUUUUAACUUCUAUUCAAAGCUUGUUGACGGAUCCAAAUCCAAACUCACCUGCAAAUAGCGAAGCUGCAAGACUUUACACUGAAAAUAGAAAGCUUUAUGAGAGAAGAGUGAAAGAAAUGGUUGAAAAAUCAUGGCAAGAGGAAGGAGAUGCUGCAGAAGAAGAGGAAUAG